UUCGCUUCCUACCUCGUGGUUCUUGCGAUCCACCAGAGCUGAUGGGCCUGGAGCGCCACAAAGGCACUAUCUCCAGAGGAAACGAUUUUCUAAAUAUCUCAGUGGGUCAAGAAUGAUGGUAAUAAUACUCCUUACCUGUAAUAUAUUUGUAUCGAAAAUAUUCCGUUAAUAGAUCUCCAUAUAUAUACCAUUCCAAAAACUUUAACUGGGGAGACCGCUUCUAUCCUGCGUCAUUACCAGAGGCAAUGACGAGACAAGCAACCUACAUCCUGUGUUUCUUGUUAAGGAAUAGCUACAAUGGAUAAGCAGCAAUAUAAAUGCGAAGAUCGGAUACCGCUUCCAGAAUUGGGACAACAGACAUUUUCAAAUAACGUGAAUGACAAUCGAGACUUAGCACGUGUUGGCAAGUUACCCAGUUUACAGCGGAGAUUUGGAUUCUUGUCAAUCUUGGGAUUCAGUUGUACUGUCCUGGCAACUUGGGAAGGUGUUCUCUCGACAUUUAUUCUUCCACUGAAGAAUGGGGGAUCCGCAGGUGCGGUUUAUACCUACCUCUUUGUGUGGUUCAGCACGCUGUGCACCCUUGCUACACUAUCCGAGCUGGUAUCUAUGGCACCGACCUCCGGCGGCCAGUAUCAUUGGGUCGCAAUUUUAGCGCCACGAUGGUGCCAUAAGUUCCUUAGCUUUAUUACAGCGUGGCUGGUAAUAUUGGGUUGGCUAGGAGCGUUUGCUUCAGGUGUGUAUAUGGCAAGCUCUCAGAUCAUGGGGUUUGUUACUAUAACACAUACGGCUUUCCAGCCUCAACCCUACCAGGUAAUGCUUCUUUACUGGGCUUACGUUGCUUUUGCGAUGUUUAUCAAUGUUGGCACAGGGAGGCUUCUGCCUAAAUUUGAGGGAUUUGUCCUCAUCUUGCAUAUUGCUGGGUUUUUCGUCAUCCUAAUACCACUCUCAUAUCUAGGCGACCAUGUAUCCGCCAAUGAAGUAUUUGGGAGCUUCAAUAACGAGGGCGGUUGGCCGAGUCUUGGAUUAUCUCUUUUUGUUGGGAUGCUGGGCAGUAAUUUUGCUUUCACAGGCUGUGACGCUGCUAUUCAUAUGACCGAGGAGACCAGAAAUGCCACGGUGACCAUACCGCGGUCCAUCAUGAUGAGUAUUGUCCUGAAUGGAUCACUGGGCUUUGGCAUACUCUUGGUUACCCUGUUCAAUCUACAGGAUGUCGACCAUGUCCUCAACUCCCCUACGGGAUAUCCAUAUAUACAGAUAUUUCUAAAUGCGACAGGGUCAAUACCUGGCAGUAUCGCCAUGGCUUCUAUUGUGCCUAUCUCAGGGGUUGCUACUGCAUCAGGAAAUCUGGCCGCAGCCUCACGGAUGGUAUGGUCCUUCUCUCGAGACCGUGGUACACCUUGGUGGAUACUACUAAGCAAGGUGGACUCUAGGAGAAUUCCUUUUUAUUCUAUUACAGCGAUUGUUAUCGCUGCGCUCUUGUUAUCUUUAAUAAUCCUGUGGUCUGAAGCUGUUCUUAAUGCUGUGGUGUCAUUGACUGUUAGCUCUCUGUUCUCUUCCUAUCUCAUAGCUGCUGCGCUGCUGCUUUACCAUCGCCUUACAGGCGGAAUUCGACAUUGUGGCGACACAAUGCUGGUAGUUAACACAACCGGCGCUCCCCUUUCUUGGGGGCCCUUUCAUAUUCCACGAAAAUGGGGUAUUGCAACCAACGCUUUCACGGUUUGUUACCUGACCAUUGCUGUUAUAUUCAGCUUUUGGCCUUCAGACGUACAUGUCAACGUGUCGUCAAUGAAUUGGGCUAUCGCACCUACUGGAGGGACGGUUCUCUUCGGUAUCCUGUACUACAUUACCCAUGCAAAGGGCACUUUCACCGGGCCUGUGGUGGAAGUUUGUUAAACGCGUGUUUCGAUGGACUGCGCAUGACAUGGACCUUAGUUGACCAUCGUCAUUGCACCUCUCUAUCUUUUGGAUGUCAAGAGCUUCUGCCUCGAUGAGUGAUGGACAUUCAACAUUUCUAUCCCUUUUAUCUUUACCCAGCAUCAAUAUAGUGCAACUAUAGUAUUUUAUAGUCUUGGUAUACCAUGGUGAAGUGACUAAUAAAGAUGUUGACCCUGAUUGAGACGACGAAAG